AUGUCAGCAAAAUUGAAUGAAGAAGCACAAUCAGAGUUUAGAGAAGCAUUCACUAUGCACGAUUCCAAUAAAGAUGGAAGAUUAGAGUCUGCAGAGUUGGCAGGUGCUCUAAGAUGGCUUGGUCAAAACCCAACACAAGCUGAUAUUUCUGAAAUUCUUAGAGAGUUUGGUUCAAAUGGACAGAUGACAGUCGAAGGACUAUUUAACUAUCUUGGAAAGAAAGUAGUUGAUGAUUUCGAUGAGAAAGAGAUUAUUGAUGCAUUCAAGGUUUUUGACAAGGAUGGAAAAGGAUUGGUUGGUGCAUCUGACUUGAGACAUAUUUUGACAAAUUUAGGUGAAAGAUUGAAUGAAGAUCAAGUUGAGGAGAUGUUGAAACAAGCAGUAGGAUCGGGUGAUGGCGCAAUCAACUAUGAACCAUUCGUACGAAAUAUGUUAAAGAAAUAA